CCAUGGCCCUGCUCCCCGAGCGCCUGGACGACCUGCCCGCCGCCUGCCUGUCGCCGUGCGGGCCGCCCAACCCCGCCGAGCUGUACAGCGAGGCGCAGCGCCUGGCGCUGGAGGAGCUGCUGGCGGGCGGCGCCGACGCCUUCGCCGCCUUCCUGCGGCGCGAGCGCCUGGGCCGCUUCCUGAACCCCGACGAGGUGCGGGCCAUCCUGCGCGCUGCCCAGCGGCCCGGCCAGGACGGCGCGGCCGCGGCGGCGGGCGCCGAGGACUCGUUCGGCUCCUCGCACGACUGCUCGUCCGGCACCUACUUCCCCGAGCUGUCGGACGUGGAGCCGCCGCCGCUGGAGCUCGGCUGGCCCUCCUUCUACCAGGGCGCCUACCGCGGCGCCACGCGCGUCCACGCGCACUUCCAGCCCCGCGGCGCGGGCGCCGGCGGCCCCUACGGCUGCAAGGACGCGCUGCGCCAGCAGCUGCGCUCGGCGCGCGAGGUCAUCGCGGUGGUGAUGGAUGUUUUCACCGACAUCGACAUCUUCCGAGACCUGCAGGACAUCAGCCGGAGACAGGGCGUCGCCGUGUACAUCCUUCUGGACCAGGCUCUGCUCUCUCAGUUUUUGGAGAUGUGCAUGGACCUGAAAGUGCACCCCGAGCAGGAAAAGCUGAUGACGGUUCGGACUAUUACCGGAAAUAUCUACUAUGCCAGGUCAGGAACGAAAAUUGUCGGGAAGGUUCAUGAGAAGUUCACACUGAUCGAUGGCAUCCGAGUGGCCACAGGCUCCUACAGUUUCACCUGGACGGACGGCAAGCUCAACAGCAGUAACCUGGUGGUCCUCUCCGGCCAAGUGGUGGAGCACUUCGACCUGGAGUUCCGAAUCCUGUACGCACAGUCCAAGCCCAUCAGUGCCAAACUCCUGUCCAGCUUCCGCAUCAGCGGCAAGUUUGACCACCUGGUGGACUGGAAGCCGCUGCCCCGGGAGCCCACCCUGGGGAACCUGCUGCGCCUGCGGCUGGCCCGGCUCUCCAGCACCCCCCGGAAGGCCGAGCCCGAGGAGGGGGCGGUCCCCCGCGCCGGGCGCCGCGACUCCGAGGCCUCCACCAUCAGCGACGAGGACUACCUCAGCAGCCACCGGGACGAGCCCGCAGGUGCGCAGGUGGCCAGUGUGGCCACCCAGACAGAGCCCAGCGCGGAGCUGCCGGCCAGGGUGCGCGACGCCGCCACGCAGAGCUGCCCGGACACAGCGUGCGCAGGCACCCAGGCCUCGGCCAGCACUCGGGCCACCGGCUGCCAGACGGCGCUCUGGUCCAGGGCGGCGGCCACCCAGACGGACGCCGCCACCGAUGGGUCACCCCGGGCAGCCUCAUCUAAGGAAAGCUCCCCGGUGUCCAGGAUGUCCGUGUCACGGUCGUCCAGCCUGCGGUCCUCGUCCUCGCUCUCCUCCCAGGGCUCCGUGGCGAGCUCCCUGGGCUCCCAGACGUCCCUCCGCGCCACGGACUUGGUCACCCCCGGACACGCCAAGUUCCGGGGCAGCCCCGCCUUGGACCUGUGCCUCCGAGACUCCUUCCGAAACCUGAACAAGGAGCGGCAGCUCCACCUGGCCGGGCUGCGGUCCCGCCUCAACCACAUGCUGGCCCUGCUGUCCCGGCGGGCGUGCUUCACCGACAACUACCUCGGCCUGCACCCGGCCAGCGGCUCGCGGGCCACCGUGAACCUGCUGACCAUUCGCGACAUCCCGCUAUACCCAUCCUAUCAGUGACCACCAAGCCCGGCCCGGUCGGUUUCACCUGCGACAGUCACCCUGCCUUUUUCUCUGAAUCCUGUAACCCACAGGGGAUUUUGCACGCUGUUGUGUCUUGUUUUUGUCACGUAUUAUCCACACGUAGGCUUUAUGAUUUGAACACUACAGAUAGGGUGUCUUUACCCAAUUUUUUUUUUACUAUUGCUAUAUCUGAAAGAGCACUUUGGGCUGUGUGCAGGUUAAUUCAGGUACGGGAUAGAGGAUAGAUUAUGUGUUUUCUCCUUUUCUGGAUUCCUAUGGUUUCCUGUUUUAGAGGGUUGGAUCACUAGUGUUUAUGAUCAACAUUCUGUUUUGAGAUAAACAGAAAAGCAAAACAAAACACACAGAAUCGACAACUGAAUGGUCGUUAUGAGGGUGGGUGGCAGGUAAAAUGGACGGAUGGGGGAGCAUGGAUGGCGGGGGCUGAAGAGACGUGGGGGUGCUCAGAAUGUGGGUCAUACAGGGUUAAAGUCACUGGUCAAAGCCAAACCCCCAAAAGGACUUUGGCGGUGUUGUGCACUACUGUUACCUUAAAAAAAUAAAAGGAAAGAAAAAAGAAAGAAAGAAAAAGAAGAAGAAGCCUGUUUAGGAAAGACCUUUUAAAUUGUCUGUC